AUGGCUUCAGCGGUGUUAGAUGAGGCUAAGCGAAUUGCUGCGGGGUUUGAGUACCCCCCCGAGGAGCUCAAUAAGGGAGUGGAUGAGUUUAUAAGUGAGAUGGAUAUCGGGUUGACCAGUGAUGGAGCCGGGUUAAGCCAGAUUCCGUCUUAUAUCACCGCUAUGCCCGAUGGCACUGAGAAGGUGCGGUAUCUCCGCUUUCGUCUACAGGAAAGGCGUGUUGAUGCUAAUAAGAUAUACGCAAAGCAGAUCGAGACAUUUCUACGUGAGCACCAUUCAGAGCAGUUCAGCUCUCAUGUCGAGAAAAGACAAUCUGGCGAGGUGAAGGAAGCAUAUACGGAAGAGCAGGUGUUCGAUCUCGGGUUCACCUUUAGUUUUCCCGUUACGCAGCAUGGAAUCAAUAGAGGCGAACUCUAUCGUUGGACAAAGGGGUUCGACAUUCCAGAAGUGGUUGGAAAGGAUAUCUGCAAGCUGCUACAAACUGCAAUCGACGAGCUCAAACUGCCCGUUCGGGUUUCGGCACUCGUCAACGAUACCGUGGGGACAUUGAUGGCUCGAUCGUAUAGUUCUCCUGGAAAAUCAAAGACACUUAUAGGCGCCAUUUUCGGGACCGGGACCAACGGAGCAUACGUUGAGAAGAUGCCUCGGGUCACGAAGAUGGACAAGUGCAGCAGUGAUGCAUAUAAUAAAUCGUCUCCGGUGAUGGUGAUUAACGCCGAGUGGGGCAGCUUUGACAAUGCUCUCAAGGUGCUGCCGAACACGGAAUUUGAUAUACAGCUUGACAACGAGACCGUCAACCCUGGGAUCCAGAUGUUCGAGAAGCGGAUCUCAGGAAUGUUCCUGGGGGAAAUCCUCCGCCUUGCCAUCCUGUCCAUGGUGGAGAAUCCGUCCGUAAGCCUGUUCGGCAGCCCGGCCACCAUCGACAAGAACUCGAUCCUGUAUCAGGCCUGGGCGAUCGAUUCCAGCAUAUUGAGUAUCGUUGAAGCAGAUAACUCUGACGACCUACAGACCACAAAGGAGCAGCUAAAGACAGAGCUAAACGUGACAGACGUCAGUAUCAGCGACUGCCGAGCCGUCAAAGUACUAGCACACUCUAUCGGCAAGCGUGCGGCGAGACUGGGUGCAAUGGCACUUGGCGCCAUUGUCAUUUCCAGCGGCAGGCUGGCGACAGAGGACGUGAUCGAUAUCGGCGUCGACGGCAGCCUGAUCGAACACUAUCCGGGUUUCGAGGCAUGGAUCCGGGAAGCGUUUCGCGAGAUACGGGCCAUCGGACCGGCAGGGGAGAAGAAGAUUCGGAUCGGGAUCGCGAAAGAUGGCAGCGGUGUAGGAGCAGCGUUGGGGGCCCUGGUGGCCAAGAAAGCAUCCCAAACGCUACAAGGUUAG